AUGCCACUCGCUUCGAAUGAUUCGAAUGGCGUCCCAAAACUGGACUUAUCUAAUCCUCAAGCUCAAGUUCUCUUUCCUUGCGGAUAUUACACUUACGCAUUUGGAAACACACCGGCCAUUGAAUUAACAGAGCACUUCGGGACUUCAAGAAAAGAUGGUAAUUUGAAUUUUUUAUUACUCGGCUCAGGAGAUGUCCGAAAUCUUCUGUUUACUGUUUCUGAAUUAUCGCUACGAAACCAAGACGCUAUUCCAGAGAACUUUUCUUUUCACCUCAACGACCAUGACGCAUCGGUGCUCGCUCGAAAUGUUAUCAUUUUGGAGAUUGUGUUGACAAUCGAUCCAGACUGUGAAAGGGAUGUGGACUUUUUGUGGAACGUUUGGUACAACCUUAUAAUUCCAUUUGAACAUUUUAAGCGACUUCAAGAGAUCAUGGAUAGUCUUAUGUCACGAGCGUACGCGAAAAGUUAUUUACAGUUUGGUUCAAGGGAUGUGUUUACGCAGAGUCUGAAUAUAUGGACAGAUUGGAUGGACAUGAAUGUUAAUCUUCAAGACGUUCUUCUACAGCGACAGAAAUUGAUCCUGUUUGGGCUUAACCUGGCAGAUCCUGACGAUAUGGACGAAGAAGAAGACUAUGUUAAUUUUAUCAGUGCAGUAACGUCCCUUACUAACACAGUUGUUAAACAACUAUUAACACCGUUUGACGAGCAAAAGCUUGGUUGCAAAUGUUUUCAUAAAUCAGGCCCGAUAUAUCAAGAAAUCUACUCAUAUUUUUUAAGUGGCAGCACAUGGCAACAUAGCACUGAUCCAGUCAGAGUCAAUCCCACCCUUAUUCGUCCAUUUGAGCGCAAAUGGAAGGUGCAUUAUGGGAGUUGUCCGUUUUCUGGUUACAUUCCUAUCGACGGGUCAGUAAUUCACUGUCUACUAGUUUUGAAAAUGACAUGUAAACACAAUGAGUGUUCUAAAGCUCAGAAAGAAUGAUUUCUGAGCGUCGCUAGCUUUGGUAACAUUGCUAAGGUUGGGCUGAAUUCCGGCUACGUUCGAGAAAACAGACGAUUUUGGUUUUGUGGUUUUGUCACAGAAUGAGAAUGACCGUUUAUGAUAUAUGCCCCUCCAAGUCGCAUUUCCUUCACAUGUUAGACAUGCAUGUAUAUGCUUAAUCCUUUUAAUUCCAGUAUCAACCAACGACGACCUGAUAUUAUCGUCAUUAACUUCACUCUGUUUGAUAUAUUUGUAAAACUAAAGCUUUGAUAAACUGUAAUCCACUUGUCAUUAAAUAACAUUUAAGUAUUCACUGUCAUAGCAUGAGCAUUACAAUUCAGUGUCAGAGACUACGACGUAAAAACCUUUCAAAACUUUCGAUGCUAUAAAACCAGUGCUAUUUCAUUUUGACAAUGUUUUAAUACGACUAAUGUUACUCCUGCUCCCCCAGAAUAUAUUUUACUAUAAACAGACAACCUGCACCCAACAAGUGAUCAGUAAUACUCUACUAUCACGUGUUAUUUUUUUCACUGUCAGGAACCUACUUGGAAACUGCAAGAGUGCUACUAAAGCAUGCAAGGAAAGGCUGAGGAAAUUGGUUGAGAAUUUUCAAAACUUUGACCGAUCUAAAUGUGCAGGAACUCACUCAAUUAAGGUGCAUAAAUUUAAUUUUCCCAAAAGCUCCGUAUCAGUGUUACUUUUAGUUUAUUUGAGUUUAACCAAUCAGAAGACAGCAAAGCAAAGAUACCAAGAAAGUUUGAUCAACACAUUGAGGUAAAAAAAAACGUGGCUGUACUAUUUUGGCGAAUGCAUGGUUACCAAUCACGCGGAUAGUCACAGGACACCUUAACACAGGGUUUCCAAACACAUGAUACACACAGAGUACCCAAGACAGUGACAAUUACGCAGAGAACCCAACAUAAUGAUGCACAUACAUGAGGAAAACGGGACUGCCAAACCAAUGACUCAUACUCAGGGGGGUAGAAGUAGGAAUUCACGUGGCGAUGCACAGGACCACGGUCCACACAUUUAGUAUGCCAUUUAUAUGAUAAUCAUGAUAUAUAACAAUUAUUUUCUCCCAUUUUUAGGUAACAUUUUGGAACGGAGAUGCCUUGGACUUAUGCAAUAGCGGAUUGUCAGAAGAUAUGUUAUUUGAUGUUAUUGACACAAGUAACCUCAGCGACCACAUUGGCUUGUUAAACAUUCUUGUGUGUUGUGCAAAAAGACUGAAAGAGUAAGUCGAUUGACCACUCCAGAAAAUACCAGAACAUACCAUAAUGCUCUUUGUUUGUCACCCCAAAAUUUUGCGUAAACAUUGUUUCCAGUUUCUCUUGGGGCCAUUUUAACUCCUAAGAGAAACUGAAGACAAUGCUUAUGCAAAAUUUUGGGGUGACAAACAAAGAGCAUUAUGGUAUGUUAUGGUAUUUCUGGAGUGGUCAGUAGGCCAUAUCCGACUUUUCUCAUGCCUCUGUUUCAAAGCGAGGCGAAGACCUAAGCUAUUGAUAUGAAAAUGAUUUGUCAUUCCCAAGCAUAUAAAACUCAUUUUCACAAGAAAAGUUUUGCGCUCGGUCUCGUUUUGAAAGUGAGAGUUUUUAGAACUCGGUAAUGGCCUAUUCCUUCUCCCAGUUCUAAAAGACAAUGCACAUGCAGGGUGAGUACAUAUACCGUGACUGGCAGCCAAAAGUGGGAUAUUCACGGUACACACCAGAAAGCACAAAUAAUAGUUUAUCCCAUGUCACUCAUUAUGACGACGUAAAAUGAGGUAAAGUCAAAGAAUGCCACUUUCAAAAUGAUCAAAUUUUCACGGUGCCAAUUGUGUUCAUUCCUUUCAAGGCCAGGUCAGUCCCAGCUGAUGACGUCGACAAUGUUAUGGCGGGCAUCUGGUUUGUGUAGUCUUCAAGAGUAUUUACACUACAGUCUUGGUAUGGCGCAAACUCUCUAUCCCACAGUACUUGGAGUCAAGUUGGCUGAAGACCUAAACCUUGGAAAGAGGUUUGUACUCGUAAUUGUCAAACAACAUAGUUUGGUAGGAAAAUGUAAAUACGUAUUCUUCCCGUGUAUCCAAGAAUCGUUUUAACGUCAACAUUCCGAAUCGGAUUAUAACCUGAACACAUGCGCCUCUCUGGUUGAUGUCGAAUUUAUGCACAACAUUGGCAUCGUAAGUCUUACUCUCGGAUUUUAGAAAACCUCUGUAAAAGUAAACCGUUUAUCGUGAAACGUAUGUUUUGCGGGGUAAGCUAAGAAGGAAGCAUUAGAGAAUUGAUUGAGAACUGAUUUAUCAUUCAGUGCACUAAGUACAGUCCAAUCAAUCGGUUUAUUCCAAGGCCAUACUUCUAAUUAAAAGAAAACUGUUUUUUGGCCCAAGUGUUUAUCAUGCAACUGAUGACCUCAUAGGUGGUAAAUUGUUUUUGGUUUCAAAAGAAGAGCGAGACUUUUAGGACCUUUUAUCUCUUUCAGCGACAUCCUUGCCCUUAAGGAGGAGCGAAGAGUAGUGGAUAGGUUAGUCUGGGUAAGAGCUCAGCCAGAAAGAACACCCAUUUCUCUUGGUAAGUUCCCUUUUUUCUUCAAUCCAUGAGAGUUUCGUCCGCCUGCUACAACAACUUUCUUUUACAGCUACUGCGAGAAAUGAAAUAUGUUGCUAUUUGAUGUUGAAAGUUUAUUUUCGUUUUUAGACCGUUCCCCAGACAUUCUGGACGCCCUGAAGAACAUGGCAUCUCGUUGCUUUAGACUGCCUUCACCCAGAGAACGAUGCCUGCAGCUAAGCGGUGUGACUCUUUCAUCACCCUUAACAUUUUUCGUGGCAUUUUUGCAAUCAAUAGAAACUCUUAAAGAAUCUGGUGAGUUAAAGGGAUUGCCAUGACAGUUAGUGACUAUCAUUUAUGUGGACCGUGUAACGCCUAGCUUUUAUAUACUUUAUUUUGAGUUAAAAACGUUCACUUUUGGUAAAACUGUAACUUUAUUGUAAAGCAUCGGGCCAGGAAAGGAUUAACUGACCUAUAUCUGCUCCAUCCUCGGAGACCCAGGGGCAGUCAGUCGGGUCGGGAGAAAAGGCGCGACGAAAGUUUUCAAGCACAGGCGGAAGAGCCCCUGGGUACCGACUCUCACCGGACCAUUUCCAAACGGUCAAGUGAAUGCUGGCUCCUGAUUGGGCACAAAAAAUGCUUUGUAAUAUUGUGCCCAAUCGGGGAACAGCAUCUCCUGAGUUCUUUUCGUGAGUUCGUACACGACGCGACAGCUAUUGACUCGAUCACGGCUUGUCUGGCUCAUGCACCAAACAAAUGCACGCAGUCAGGAAACUUUCAGUUUGAUAUAAACACUUUAUUUCAAAAUACUGGUUGGUUGUCUUUACACUAGGCUGUUAAGUAAGACUUAAGAGCCGCUAAGUUUUACUUAACCAAAAAUUCGUGUGUGAAGGGCUAAGUAAAAUCUCAAGUAACUUUGCUUUGCAUCUCAUUAAAGUCGGAAAGCUGAAACGAUUCAAGAAAGUUUCAAGCGACUUGAAAACCAUCCUUAUGACUUACUUAGCUGACUUGCGGUUUUGCGGUUUCUUGAGCUUUGAGAAAGGCGAGACAUGUCAAUCAAUCUUAAUUUUGUUGCGUGGGAAAAUAACCAGAAGUAAAAAAGAAUCGGUUGUGUGUGAAGCUUUAUUUUACUUGAAGUAAUUAAAAUUUACUUGUCUUGAAAUAUUUCUUAGCUUAUUUAGGCUCUAGUGUAAAGACUACCACUGUCUACCCGAAAACUAAAGACGCUUUUGCAAAAAUACAAGCUUGAGCUUACAACAGGUAUUCACACUUGCAUCGAUUAUGCCUUCGUAAAUCUUAAGGAGUUUAAGAUUCCACGACAGCUGACAGCCACGAAAACGUCGCAUGAAAAGUGAAUUCACAUUUUUCCAGUCUCUAUCGUGAUUAUCCCAACUCGCUUACUUUGUCAAAUGCAAGCGAACUCUUCUGGAGCUGAUUUUCUAUCAACCAUAUCCAAGUUCAUAAAGAGAAAGAAAAUUUUGUCAUUGUUUGUUUACCUCGUUCACAAAACCUGAAAUUAGGCAUCUUCACGUGGUAGUCGUGCAGUGACGGCAAAGAAAUCUGCAAAAUGCGUAAUGCACGUGCAAAGUUGUUGUUUUGCCUUGUCAAGCUAUUGCUUUUUUAUUAUCUCGUCGCCGCCGCAUCUUAAACUUCCUAUUAUCUGAUUAUUUACGAUACAUUGUGAUCCGUCAGAAACAGAAUUUUCUCAGUGCAAAAUGAAUUGUUCCUGCUGAUAGCAUCCGAAACGUUUUUCGACUCAUCGGUAGGUCCUUCGUUUCUGGUUAGGAAAGUAGAAAAUGGAAGUUUCCCUUGUACGCACAAGCUUGGUGAACGAACCGGGCAACUGUGGCGACAUAAUACCCAUCGUGUACGAACUCACGAAAAGAACUCACGAGAAACAUGUUCGCCGAUUGGGCACAAUAAUACAAAGCAUUUUUUGUGCCCAAUCAGGAGCCAGCAUUCACUUGACCGUUUGGAAAUGGUCCGGUGAGAGUCGGUACCCAGGGGCUCUUCCGCCUGUGCUUGAAAACUGACUGACUGCCCCUGGGUCUCCGAGGAUGUAUCUGCUCGGUCUAUGGAUAAGACCACGAAAUAGACAUAGCAACAUUCUCCUGCGAAAGUUAUCUGAACUAAUUUUCAUCCUUUAUCGAUUUUCUUUUUAAGCUGAGCAUGUUUUGUCACAUGUAGAAGAGUCAUUGCCAGCAGUAAGACUUUUUAAAAAGCGAGCUUGUUCCAAGCUCUGCAGUCUCUCAUGGAAUGCUCUCAAGUGCUUGUCAGGAUUAUUAAAAGGUAUUAAUGGCUAAAACACGAAAAAGAAUGUUUGAUCACGUUGUUCAAAACGCCUACAAAUGAACUGCAAAACAAGGCACUUUUUAUCAUUACAAUUAAUUUAGAUGCCACUAUAUACGCAUCCUCGGAGACCCAGGGGCAGAUAGUGGGGGCGAGGGAAAGUUUAAACUGGCGGAAAAAUAAGGUACGAAGAAAAGUAAAGAGCGGCCAGAAGACACAAGUUUUCUGACACCAAUCAGAAGCCAGAACGGCGGCGACCGUUUGGAACUGGUCUGGUAAGACAUUGUCCCCAGGGGCUCUUCUCGCCGUUCUUUACUUUUCUUCGUGCCUUAUUUUAGACUUUCCCUCGCCCCCACUAUCUGCCCCUGGGUCUCCGAGGAUGCUAUAUACGCUUUUAUGCAUGUCUUUCUAAAGUAUUCACAUUAGGGUGGGGGUAGCGUUUGACGCCGAGAUCGAAAAUAGUUCAUUCAAUGCAUGUUUGACAAAGGUAUCCUCUUUUAACCGUGUCCGAUUUAUAAGAAAUGACUGGGUUUUUUUUCUGAAACAAACAGGUACCGUUUUAAAAGUGGAAGUGCAAGUCAGGUUUCCUACCAUUGAGCUGUCACGCAAUACACCUGUAAUGCAAGCAGUCGUAUUUGAAGAUCCCAGUGAUUCGAGAUUUCUCAGCGUGUGGCCAGUUUCUCAGGUAAAGAAAAAGUGUACGAAGACAUUCGAACAGUUUACACCAUCCUUCCCAAAUAACACAAAUUUGUCUCAUACAACUGAGGUUAAGAGGACAUUGGUUGGUCUUUGGAGACUGUUGGAACUACACUCUUUUUUUAAAGAUUUUAGACCCUUUUGGGUGGUUCCGUGUAUGGAGUUCGGCGGUUCUGGAAAAGACGUUUUGUUAGUUCGGGAGCCUUUUGAAAUGAGUUUUGGUUUGGUGUUAGUGGUAUUCCCGGAUGAACAUGAGUUAUUUUCUUACCUGUUCAAGAAAAAGUCUUUUCUUAUAAAUUCCAUAUGACUAAAGCGUGUUUCUUUUUCUUUCUUUUUCAGUUGGAGCAAAGAACAUUCCACAGACCAGUUCACCUUUUUUACAACAACGUGCGUUACGACCCUGACAAAGAAACGGCAAGCCUCUUGGUGUUUGAGACCGAUUGGGAAACUCUUGACCCUGAGUCGGUUCUGAUCUUAAUCAGCUCCACUAUUUCUUGCAUCUCAAAUGCAGUGAAAUUAAAACAUAGUUGCAAAGCCAUGGAGAACAAUGUAUGCUGCUUUACCAACAAAGGUUUGAACACGGACAGCGGAAAAAGGGACGUUAAAGAAACAAUUCUUCCCCAAAAACGCAAAUCGCGACUUGCAAGAAAUAUUUCUUGUGUCAGUGUAAGUUGUAUGAGUGACACAAGCAGAAGAGGUCUUCAAAACUAUGACAGCUGUUACCGGCUAGAUAUUCUUUGUAGCCAAGAUCUGGUUAUUCAUAAUUCUACUAUGCAUAGUAGUGAAGAUUGUUUGGUGUCACUGGACAAGAAGCCUGUGCAUUUGUUUAAAUCGGGAGUCGAUUCCUCAUCUUUCCAACUAAAUGACGACUUUGUACUUGAAAAUAAGCUUGUUAAUGACGUCAGUCUUCAUAAUAGAGGAUACGCCAACGACGAAGGACAAAGACGUGAGAAAGCAAAGACGGAAAGAAUGGAUGAUAUUGGACUUAGUGAUGUACUGUCUGUAGUUAUGUCCCAAGCUACAAAGACUGACCAUCUCCAGGUACAUAUCAGUCAGAAGCAUGAGGUGGAUAUUUAUUUUCUCAUCAUUCUUACACUUUCAAGUAGACACCUUACCCGAAAUAGAAACGUAUCAAGGGUGGAUAUUUCUCGGCAAUGUUUAAAGCGUCUUUGGGUGGCGCUUGUCAAAAAUGUACGCAUACCUUGAACCUGGACAUGUAACUACAUACAGGGAAGUGGGAUAAGUCUAUUUCGUAUAUCAUCAUCUUCCAAAUGGGCACUGCUCUUGCUUGCUAUGAUGUUUUCACGCUUGAGAAAAAAGCCCCUUCUUCAUAUGGGCUGCUUAUCGCCAGUCUGACUACUGCAUUUUCUUUAGCAAGACAUUUCGGAUGUUGCUCUCAAUGUCUUUGACGUUUCCUUUUAAUUGCAGCUGCUGGCCUUAGAGGAACAUUCCAUGUGUUAUAACGCAGACAUAAAGAUUAUAACAACAGCUAACACGGUCUGCCUCUCAGGGUGUCCCAGAGUGGAAUAUCACCCCAUAGAAAUGCCUACUGCUGUGGAAAUUUCGUUUGAUAGCAAAAGGUACUAAACCCCUUAAAAAGUACAGCACGUUUAUGUUAAACCAGUAUCCUAUCCAUCGAUAUUGAAGUGCUUUGUCCUUCCUGAAUUGUGUCUUUGAAACAGCAUUUUUGGUUAUCUCAAUACAUGUAAUUCGUCCUUCUUGAAUUGCGCCUGCAAAACAGCAGUUGGUUGUAGCAUCAAUCCUUGUACGCCUAUUUUCUAGAAAACCACUGACGCUGUACUUUUCUUCUCCGGUGGACGACAAAUCUUCCAAAGUCCAAUUACUAGCCGAGAAGCACCGCCUAAGAUGUCACUUUCCUAAGAGUGAACUCGGUGUACAGGGACGAGCUUGCAUCAAAAGACCAAAAACGAUUGACCUUGCUAGUCUUUCAACGUGGAAUGGAACGAAAGAUUUAAAGUAAGUCAAUCAUAACGCAUAGUCCAAACGAAAGUCAUCGCAACUUUCAUUUCAAUACUGUCUUCAUGUUUAAUAGAAAUGCAGACGCGUAAAGCGCCCUUUAGCUUUUUCCAACGCAUACUAAAAUCACAUCGAAGAAUCCAUGCCAAAAACUAAAUGAGUAAAGAAGAAGCCCAAUCAUCAUCACCACUUACCUUUGCUUCGUUUUUGAGUCCUCUGAUGGUAUUCGCCCAAACAGAUAAUAAGGACUCACACCCCGCUUUUUUAAUUCUAAAAGAACAAGAUAGUUCUCUAUCUAGAACCCCUUGAAACAUUAUUUCUAGGCCUGUUUUUUACCAAACCUAUGGGAUACCCGUUUUAAUUGAUCCAAUGUGGUCUCUGACUCUAAAAGACCUUCUUUUCUAUCUUGAACUUCCUUAGACAUUAUUUUUAAUUCAAAAAGGUUUAUAAAUAGAGACAAAUUUCAAGGAAUAAUUUAAUGGGCCAACUCCUUUGAAAAAUCCAAUAUGUUGACUAUGAAAAAUUGAUUUCUUUUCAGUCUAGUUAAAAUCUCUUUUCUAACAAGAUUUUCCUUAACUAUUAUUUCUGGGCCUAGGCAAGAAUCCUUGCCAAAACACUGUAUUUACACAAAAAGCUCAAAUCAUAACCACCUUUUUACCUUUGUUUUGUAAGUCUUUUGAUGAUCCUCACUCAACAAGAAGAUGAUGAGGGUUCACCACCUGAAGAAAAGAGAGACUUCCAAGAACUACAAAAUGCUCUGCGCUGUAUCAUUGUAUCAUUUCUACAGUAUCCUCAGGUAAAAUCUAAAAUGUUAUGAGAAAUUAAGUUGAACGGGUACAUGUAAUGAAAGAAAUUGUCUUCAGAUCAAUGACGCAUGAAUGGCCUAAUGAAAUAAACGUUUCUGUCAAAACUAAGGUAUGGUUAUAGUACUGGGUGGAGUGCAAUUCAGAGAGUAAUCAGGCGAGUUAUUUAAAGUCGGCCGAGCGAAACGAGCUUGAUUACCCUGAAGUCCAAUUAGCAAUUAUUGAUUUUGUCAAUAAUAAAGUGUGAGAAUCUCAGCUUACAGAUUCUAAAGAAAAAACGUGGUUUAUGACUGUUCUCAACUAUUUUAAAUACAUUUUUGAAAAUGAAAAAUAAAAUGUGUCAGUCUGAAGGUCGAAAACUUGCCCAGUACGUAAUUGUCUAGCAAUAGUGAUGCUCAAUUUUCAUUGGCUCUUCAACUGAUCGAUUUGACCUAUCAGAUUACAAGCAGCCAAUCGGACGGGUCAAAUUGGACAGUUAACGGCUGCUUAGAACCAAUCAAGUUCGAGACUUUUGUUAUUGACGCAAUAAGAUAUUGAUUCAUCUCCUUUUUUCGGCUACUUUCACUAUGUCGCUUUUUUAAUUUUCCAGAAAAAAAGAUGUUUUACCAUUCACGUGCCAAGCGACACAGACGCAACCACGCCCAGCCUCACUUUGGUCGUACAUGACGUAUUCUCUCAUAACUACGUUCCACUGGUCAAAGUUUUGUUUUGUGAUCAUAGUGUGAUCAGCUUUCCUUUAGAGGACGCGCGAAAUUCACUGAGUGCUGCUAAAUACAAAGAGGUUUUGUUGGAAGUAAUGGCAAACAAAGAGGAAAAUCCCAUGAUACAUAUGACCAGUAAGGUAAAAUUUAAAAAAAUAUAUAGUCGAAAAAGGUUAAUGCUUGCAGUACUUCUUAAAUUAACUUUUCAAAAGUAUUCAGAUAUUCUACGGAAAUCCAGUACUCGAUUUAACCCUAAUAAUGGCAAGAUUCGAUAACAGUCGACAAGGUGUUUAUGUCUGGGGUGUAUGAUAGCGACAUCGCACAUUCUCAAAGAUUUAAUCUUCAACGGGUAAAUAAACGCAUUAAAGAUUAUAGGUACAGGGAGAAGGAGUGGAGUGUAGGGGGAGGAGAUUUGGGCAAAAAGAGAGUAGUGUCGGAUGCAAAACUGCUUUCCUUUUCAAAUCAAAUUAGGGUGGAGAUCGAAGUGGUAUCAUCCCCUUUUUGAAGAGACAACAAGAUGACUUGCUUUUCCAUUGACGCCCAUGUCCUUAACUAGUUGAUAUUUUGCAGGGACAAAUGCUUUUGAAGACGCUACUGUAUACCAAUGCAAAGAGAGUAAGGCAAACUGAAAGACUCGCACCCGUGUGGACCACGUCGCUGCUGCAACUGAGAUUUUAAUUAUGAUCCAAGAGGAGACAAUUUUGCUGUGCCGCUUUAGAAAACAGAAGCCAGAACUCAGAUGUGGAGUUACACCAUCUAGUUGUGAGAUUAAGAGAUCGAAAAAACGCUUACUAUGGCCAAGAAAAAGAGACAGUGCUUAUUUUUUUUAUUAGGUUCUAUUUUAAUCUAUUUAAUCUAAUUCUGUUUAGGGUUGCAGGCAGCCAUAUUUAUGACAGAAAUAGUGUUAUAUCUUUAUAAUUAUAUU